AUGCGUGGCGGAAGACUAAACGUACAACUUGGUGAAUCCUGGGUGGUAGAAGGCGAUGAGGAGAAUGAAGAAUAUCUGCCACUCAACGAAGCAGAUUACGAUCAUCGAGCAAGAACUUCUACCCCUCGAGGAUCUACCAGAGGUGACAACAGAUCUCCCGAGCCUGAAUUUGUGAUGCCUUCUCUGGACGUGGAAACUCUAGAAGCUUCAUGGUCUCAAGGUGAGAGUACCAGUCGAAGUCCUCGGCGAUUCCAAGAAUCCAGAAGAAGAAGCUCGCGACAUGAUAUGAACCAUGAAAGCCCGAAAAACACAUUGAGGACGCAGCCGACUUAUGAAAAAUCCCCCUUGGCGCCUUCAAUCAGAACUUCCAACACACCUCAUCAUCAAGAUUCUGACACCAAAGACAUUAUUACCGCUUUCUUCGAUCAUACAAUAAUGGCUCUUGCAUGGAUACUGGGGAUUCUAGGCGGUGCCCUCAGACUUUUAAGAACGCCCCUAUCUUAUUUGCUUGCUAUAUGCAUGCUUUCCGGUUUCGCUCUCGUCGCACGAAAUCUCAUCACGACUUCCAUCUACGUAUCAUUAUCACCAAUUUGUUUGCUCCCGGGCUCAUCAUUAUUGAGCUUGCCAUUUUGCCCUAUCCAUAAUGGUGGUUCCAGUACUGGGUCUAACGUGCCAGUUGAAUUUGAACAAGUAAUGAUGGUUCAAUCUCAGUUCGAAGAUAUCUUGAAGGAGAGUGCCGGAGGUGUCUCCCUGCCACUGGAUAUGAAACGUGGGGAGAGUUUUCUGAGAGACCUACGUCAACUUGUACGAUAUAGUCAACUGAAGUCGAGGAAUGAACUUGUCGUAGAAUUUGAUGGGUUUAUCGAUACGGCGAAGAUUGCAUCAAUGGAUCUCACAAGGUUCAAUAGCCAUGUGGGUAGAGCAGUAGAUAGUGUCAUUUCUAUCACACGCUGGACCUCACGAGUUCUUGAUGGUAUUCAAGAGCGAGAAACUUCCCGUGGUAUGAUCGGAACCUUCGUAAACGACAAAAUGCUUGCACCAUUCCAGCCUGUCAAGUUUUCCGAAAGACUCGUACUUGAUCAGUAUGUAGAGCAUACUCGAGCUGUGGAAGAAGAAAUUGCCCGUCUGGUCCUAGAAGCACAAGCUCUGCAAGGGGUUCUAUAUAAUUUAGAAGAUCGUUUGGAGGUCAUCUACGGAAUUUCAGUACGAGAUGGUGUUCAAGCACAGGCCAGUAAAGACGAGACUCUUUCGGAAUUAUGGACAUGGCUUGGUGGACAUCGAGGCAGGAUCAACAAACUCAAUGGCCAACUCAAUUUGUUGAAAGAGAUUGGAGACAAACGCAAAAUUGCUUUGGCUCAUGUCUCAAAAACCUUAGUCAAGCUGCUAGAGAUCAGUUCUGGUCUGGAGGACUUACGGGAAAGGGUAGCUGCACCAGAAUUGCUACGCGACAGAAUUCAUAUACCCUUGUCCGUUCAUAUCGAACACAUUCAACAGGGAAUAAGUCGCCUGGAAGAGCAGAAGCUCAUUACACAAAAAUCAAAGGAUGAUAUCAUGGACAGGGCAAGAAACCGUAACGAUAUGGAUCAGAAUCUCAUAGAUGCAUGA